AUGGCUUGGUCUCAACACGUCUCAUCCAUCGUGACGUGUCCCACACAACACAUCCUGACCUUGUGUCUCUUCCAUCAUGACAUGUUAUCAUCACAACAUGCCUUGGCCCCCAAGACAUAUCGAACAACCUUUCCAUCAUAUCUUGAUGCCUUGCAGAGCAAACACAGAGGUCCUUCCACUACCUCCCAUGGUGAUCUGGCUUGGUUUCUUUCUGGACAGGCGUCACGUAGUUGGAACUCCAGUUUGCAUGUCAGGACAAAUCCAAAAGAGGAUUGGAUCAGACUACCGACGCAUACCACCACCCUCCCGUACCGAUAA